UCCAUCCAUCCAUCCAUCCAUCCAUCCAUUUGGUUUACUUGAAUGAACAGCGAUGCCACUCCUCACUCCCAAUCCCAACCAAUUCUACUCAUGUUUCUAUAAAGUUUUAAACUUUAAUCUUUCAUCACCAAUUUCAUGAUAAUCUCCAGUUUUUUCUAGCUUUAAGAUGUAAAAAGGGGGAAUUGUAUGAUGACAGUUGACCUAAUUUAUGCAAUCAUGUUUCUUCAAUAAACUCUUCCUCCACUUUCCCUCUCCAACCCCAGACAACACCACUACCACGUUCAUGAUCUUCACAAGGAUUUAGAGAGAGAGAGGACUCAAUCUUUGUCGAAGAACAAUGGGGAAUUCAUUUGGCUGCUCGGCUUCGGGAGAGAGAUUGGUGUCCGCAGCGAGAGAUGGGGAUUUUGUUGAGGCGAAGAUGCUUUUGGAUUGCAAUCCAUGCCUUUCGAAAUACUCGACCUUUGGUGGUUUGAAUUCUCCUCUUCAUUUCGCCGCCGCCAAGGACCACAAUGAGAUUGUGGCAUUGUUGUUAGAGAAUGGGGCUGAUGUGAAUUCAAGGAAUUAUUGUGGACAGACAGCUCUGAUGCAAGCGUGUCGAUACGGGCACUGGGAAGUUGUUCAAACUCUUCUUCUCUUUAGAUGCAAUGUUACUAGAGCAGAUUAUCUUAGUGGAAGGACUGCUCUCCAUUUUGCAGCAGUCAAUGGACACACGCGAUGUGUGAGGUUGGUGCUUAGUGAUUUUGUGCCAAGUGCUCCAUUUGAGCCUCCGCAUGCCCAAACAGUUAGUGAUGGAAGCGAUGGUUCUAAUAAUAAAACCAGUGCUCUCUCUAAGUUUGUAAACAAGGCUGCAGAUGGUGGCAUUACUGCUCUUCACAUGGCGGCAUUGAAUGGAUAUUUUGACUGUGUUCAGCUCCUACUUGACCUUCACGCCAGUGUAUCAGCUGUGACAUUUCAUUACGGAACAUCAAUGGAUUUGAUAGGUGCUGGGAGCACUCCUUUGCACUAUGCUGUGUGUGGAGGAAAUUUAAAGUGCUGCCAGAUCCUUAUUGCUCAAGGUGCUAGUCGUUUGUCGCUAAACUGCAAUGGAUGGCUUCCCAUUGACGUCGCAAGGAUGUGGGGGCGUCUUUGGCUCGAACCACUGCUGUCUCCUAAUUCUGAUUUGCCUCUCCCAACAUUUCCACAUUCUAAUUAUUUAUCGCUGCCACUUCUGAGUGUCCUAAAUAUAGCUAGAGACUAUGGGUUGCAGUCCUCAGCUACCGGGUCAGAUGAUGCAGAUAUGUGCGCGGUUUGCCUCGAGAGAGCUUGUAGCGUGGCUGCUGAAGGAUGUGCACAUCAACUGUGUGUAAGAUGUGCUCUCUACCUUUGCUCAACCAACAUUCCUUCAGAAUCUUCAAUACCUCUCGGUUCCAUUCCUUGCCCGUUUUGCCGGCACAGCAUUCUGUGUUUCGGCAAACUACCCGGCUCUUCAUCUAAAGACAUAAAACUACCCUUAUCACUCGGCUUAUGCACCUCCUGCAUGCUCCAUCCAAGAGAACGCGAGCAGGACACCGCAUUGGAGGCUGCUGGCUCACCAGAUACGAGAAAGAACCGUGUCGCCUCCGUCUCAUCAGAUAUGUUCUGCCCAGUCACUUGCAGUCCGUUCCCUUCCGUGACUAUCCCAAUGUGCACAUGCAGCGAAGGCCCUUGUCCCGAUUUUGAGUCCGGAGAAAGAGAAACUCCACAGGAGCAUCCACAGCCCGAACCAAGCGAACAGGAGAAGCUAGAGGGGAUGAGGUCGGAGAAAACGACGUGCUCGAAUAUGUUCUGGGGGAGAAGAAGCUGUAGCAGGGAGCAUCAAUGCAAUGCAGAGAUCAAUGCAUGAAUAAUGCUUUGAGUUGGUAAAUAAAUAUUCUUUGCUAUUGUGGUGGAUUUUGAUUCUUGAGAUUGAGAUUAGGCCUUAGUUUUUUGGUUUGUUUCACUUUUAUUUGUGGUUGGGAGACAGUGUAUUAGGAUUGUAAAGAAAUUUGGUAGAUCAGAAUAGGAUUGAGUUAUUGUGAUUGGCUUUUCUGUCACAAGUAAGAACCAAAAAACUCUCAGUUGUGAAAAUUUGUCUAGUAUCCUUUUGCAUA